GGGCUGCCGGCGCGGGCCGCCUGGGCGCUGCAGGAGCUGCCGUCCCUGGCCGUGCCGCUCUGGGUGUGCACCCGCACGGCUGCCGAGCGCCUCCGGCACGCGCCCAACCGCGUCCUCCUGGCCAUGUUCCUCGUCCAUUACGCGCAAAGGUCCUUGAUCUUCCCAUUUCUGAUCCGAGGAGGAAAGACAAUGCCCCUGUACACAUGCGUGUUGGCGUUCAUGUUCUGUACGUAUAACGGCUACUUGCAAAGCAGGUACCUGAGUCAGUAUGCGGUGUAUGCGGACGGCUGGGUCACUGACCCCCGAUUUCUAGCAGGCUGCUGCAUGUGGUUGCUAGGCAUGCUGGUCAACAUCCAUUCAGACCACAUCCUGAGGAAUCUCCGGAAACCAGGCGAGACCGGAUAUAAAAUUCCACGGGGAGGCUUCUUUGAGUACGUGACCGCAGCCAACUACUUCGGGGAGGUGGUGGAGUGGUGCGGCUUCGGCCUGGCCAGCUGGUCCGUGCAGGGCGGGGCCUUCGCAGGCUUCACCUUCUGCAAUCUACUCUCCCGAGCGCAGCACCACCACCAGUGGUACCUUGAGAAAUUUGAAGAUUAUCCGAAGUUCAGGAAAAUUAUAAUCCCAUUUUUGUUUUAAGAGUGUCGUCAGUGGAAUGGUCUUGGACUUGAAGUGUUUCCAUCAUGAUUCUCUCAGGGCUGCAUAAAUGAACCACUCUUCUGUCAUUCUGCUCCUUCACUGUUUCCAAGAUUUGCUCUAUGCGUGUUUUCCUGGUGAAUGUUGCCGAAUAGCAAGCUAAUGAGACUGCAGCCCAGGCCGAAGAAGUGGGCGCACACCGGGCCGAGGGUCCGCACCUUGGGGCCGUUCCAGCCAGCCGUUUCCCUGAUUCUGGGGUCUCCUCUUUUCGCUGCAUCUAAGACCAGGAAUACGAGCUGUCUAUGAUGGCCUCCAUGGACUGAGACGUGUCACCGCCCCUUGUACUCCCCAUUCCAACCGUCAGUUCAAGGCCAAAGAUGAUGUUGCCCCUCCCCUGAUACCAGCAGGGCAGUCUCCCUGGUCCCACUCACCCCACUGGCUCAGGGAGGCCCCAGGGAAACGCCCAGGCUCUCCCCUCCAGUGUGUGCAACAGAGAACACGGGGGCAGAGAAGGGAGACUCGGGGUGCAGCUGAGGCCUCUGGCACCUGCUGCAGCCUGGCCUCCCAGGUGACCCCACUGCAGAGGGGGUGCUGGGUUAGCUCCUGUAAGGGGUGAGGCACUCUGUCCCCCCUGGGGGAGGGGACCCCACUGCAGAGGGGGUGCUGGGUGCGCCCCUGUAAGGGGUCAGGGGCUCUGUCCCCCACGGGGAGGGGACCCCGCUGCAGAGGGGGUGCUGGGUGCGCUCCUGUAAGGGGUCAGGGACUCUGUCCCCCGCGGGGAGGGGACCCCGCUGCAGAGGGGGUGCUGGGUGCGCUCCUGUAAGGGGUCAGGGACUCUGUCCCCCCACGGGGAGGAGACCCCGCUGCAGAGGGUGUGCUGGGUGCGCUCCUGUAAGGGGUCAGGGGCUCUGUCCCUGCAGGGAGGAUUCUUUGGCGUCCCUGGUGGGGCAGGGAGUCCCCUGUGCCCAUCACCACAGGCAUCAGUAGUCUCUGGUUUGAGAUGCUUUCUCUUCCUUCCAGGUAGAUCUACCCGGCUGUAAAGCACUAUUUUCCCAGUAUCCUCAGUGCUCCAAGCCGGUAUCUCUAAGCAGAAGGUCUUUCUCCAAAUGCACUUGAGAGGCCCAUGGAGAUAAAUCACAGGAAUGAAAUUCACCACGUAUUGGGGCUAGGAGGCUGUCAAGUCUCUGGGCCGCUCUCUGAAGCUGACGGGACACAUGGCAGAGGUCCCCUUCUGGCCAGGGACGGCACUGCCAGGGCCACCACAGUUGCAGGGCCAGAAUCUGCAGGCAUAGGGGAGGAGAGGGGGAGGCUGUUCUUUGUGAUCGGGGACCUGCUAGGUGGGUGGCUGGGGCGUUCAGUGCACACCCGGUCCUGGGCCCCCCCUGGGCUCCCGCACCCGCCUCCAGCUGACCUUCCAGCUACGGUCUCGCUCCCUCUCGAGGUUGUACGUAGAAGCUGUGCUCUCAGGGUUAGUGAUUUGGAGAGUCUCGUCUGGUUUCAGAAUUAACGUUCCCGACACAGCUACGCCGCAUUGUAACUGGGAACGGAACAUUCCGGAAGGAAAAUGUCAGUAUUCAGUGCUCUUCAUUCCUUCUCCUGACCCUUUCCCAAUUACUUGAAAACAUGAAGCAAUAAAUGUUUUGGCUCUCCUCUCCUCGGGAAAACUCAAAAGUCUGGGCAGGUCACGAUGGAUUUGGGCUGCCACGUUCUGGAAGGCGUACCCAGCUGGGAGAAGGAUGCCAGGCUGGGAAGCUCGCUGUGGUUUUCACUGUGUUAUGUGAACGGCCCGCGCCAGGGCUCGCUGGGGGGUAACGGGCUUUGAUGCCCACGCAGGGUGGAUCAUUAACGGGAAGGAAGCCUCUUCUGUCUUGUCUCCCUGCCCUCCCUCCAUUUCCUAAACUGUCACUUAGCAGAUUGUCACCAGUUACUGUCCUAAUCAUAAUGAGGUUAAUAAAAUUACUUCAAGUCCGCUCA